CCUUUUUUUCCUCCUCUCGAGGAGGUUGCAACAUCACAUCCAAAAGCUGCGCGUCCACAACCGCAGUCGCCUUUUUACGCACCAGCAGGCUCGGAGGAGAGCACGACAGAUCGCGUCCUCUCUCCACCACCACCGCCCCCCGCCCCCCUCACAUUUUUAAAUCCUUGCUUUUUCCCCUUCCAUGCAGUUGGACUACUUAACACUGCUAUUGGAGCUAUCUAUACUCGCCACACGCAGCCGAUUGGGAAUAAUCGACGUGUUGCGCAACGACGAGAUGACAUUUUUACCCUGAGAGCACCUUGGGCUAAUUGCUGCUUUAGAGUGACGACGUGCCAGGUACCAACCAACACAUGGAGUCCAGGGUUCCUCACCACAUCCCAGGAGUGUCGUCCUCCAUCGUAGCCCAGCCUUUGCUGGACAGCCGAGUGCCCUACGGCCGCCUGCAGCACCCCGUCACCAUCUACCCCAUUGAUCAGAUCAAGUCCUCGCACGUGGAGAACGACUACAUCGACAGCCCCGCCGUCGUCUCUCAGCAGCCGCCAAGUCAGAAGGCGGUGAACAGACGGCUCAACUGGGCCGGUCCCAACCAAGACGGGUUCGUGGGGGCCAAUCACAACAACCAUCACAAUCACCAGCACCACCACCAGGGCCGGUGCGAGCCUCACCACGACACCACCACACACCCAUGGAUCUCCUUCAGCGGGAGACCCAGCUCAAUCAGCAGCAGUAGCAGCACGUCGUCGGACCAGAGGCUGCUGGAUCACGCCGCGCCUACCCCCACCGUGGACCACCACCCGAACCCGCACCCCCACCAGGGCCUCAUCAACACAAUCACUACUCGAACUCCGGGCUGCUUGGCUUCCUCGGAACCUAAAGCCCUCACUUCCUCUUCUUCCACUUUCUCCUGUACCUCCUCCUCUAAAUCGCUGGACCUCAAGUCUGGGAAACUGCCCACGGGGAGCCAGCAGGGGUCGGCCGUGAUCCCGUCCUCCCCGGCCGAGAAGAAACACCUCCUCCUCUGCGAACACUGCGGCAAGUGCCGAUGCACCGAGUGCACCCUUCCCCGGACCCUGCCCGCCUGUUGGGUCUGCAACCAGGAGUGCCUGUGCUCCGCUCAGAGCCUGGUGGAUGCGGCCACCUGCAUGUGCCUGAUCAAGGGGAUCUUCUACCACUGCACCGAGGACGAGGACGACGAGGGCUCCUGCGCCGACAAGCCGUGCUCAUGCUCGCAGGCCAAUUGCUGCGCGCGCUGGUCCUUCAUGGCCGCCCUCUCCGUCGUCCUUCCCUGUCUGGUGUGCUACCUGCCAGCCAUGGGCCUGGCCAAACUGGGACAGAAGUGCUAUGACAACGUCAGCAGGCCCGGCUGCCGCUGCAAGAACUUGCAGGGCGGUGACCCGGCGUGUAAAAAUGGAGGCGUGGAAGCGAAAGCGGGAACACUUGAGAAGCAGCAGCAGGGGUCCUGAUACCAGGACAUCCUGUCUGCCGUUGGCCUUGCUUAAAAACAAACUGGACAGCACCACAGUACAUGUUCAAUCUCUAGGGACUCCUUAACCAACCCCAUAAUCUGCUGGAAGAUGACUCGUGUAAAACAAAAAGGUACUUAAAUAGCUUCUCGACCUGUUUUUUGAAAGGCUUGAUAAUUAAAUCCGAGUGUUGGCUGGUAGGAAGAGUCGACGAGCUCUUGGGUUAGAAACCAACACCCUCGGACCGACCGCAGUUUGGGUUGUUUUGCGAGGACAACCAAAGGCACAUUGUACCCUCAGCUAACUUUGUAACUAACCAUAAGAUGACCGUGGGAUAAUAUAUAUACAUAGAGGCUAAAUUAUGGAGAUAAAUAUCUAUAUACAGCCCUUCCCUGACCCCAAAAGCACAGCCUAGUGUCCCGCUUUGAACACCAACAGUUGAAAUGUGCUAGCUUGGUAAUGCUAGUAUUUCAUAUAUUGCCACAGAUUGUCAUUUAAAAUUCCCCUCAAUGUCUUGAAAAGCGAGAUAAUCGCAAUUUUUCAGAAAGCGAGACUGACACCGUCAACUCAGCCUUCAGGCUGAUCCUGGAUCAGUUCAGAGGCGGCUAAUUGCUAAUCGCUAAAGUAUCGUAGACCCAAACCUCAGGGACUGUCCUCUAAAGCUUUAGAACAUGUGCUGCAUUCAAGAUGGGAAGUUGCCAAUAUGCCCUUCACAGCUUCGACGUCAGAGUCAAACAAUGAUUAACUACUACCAAACAAUUUAAGUGCAAAACAAGUUGUGUUAUGACAGAGUGUAGGAUGCCAGAUUAUUGCAUACAGUAUCUGUGAAGUUGAGUUCGGAGAUGUUACUCGCUACUUCGAGUGGUGCGGCGCGAUUGUACAAGAAACAUCUGACUUUCCACUUCUCUUGAAUGUAGCAUAUGAGUUGCUAAGCUAAAAUCUACUUCCUGUUUGCACCAAAAAAUGUGCAAAAGGAAAAGUGGCAGGCAGAACGGCGGUAGCUAAUAAUUGUAAAGGUAAGAAAAACAGAAAUGUGCUCCCCAUGGGAAGGGGGCUGGAUUAAAGACAGUGUUCGGUCAAGAAGAAAAAAAAAAAAAUUAAACCCACCACUUGCACAACGCUGUUUUGUUUUUUUUUCUUAGGUGGAAGCUAACCCCUUUUAAAGAACGUUCUAAAGCACAUUACGAACCACCUCAGCUGUUCUGAGGUAUGUGCGCUACUUUUAGCGCGGCCCGAGUGUCUUCAUCGUCAUUAGUGCCGCAUAGCGUUCUCUUUUAAAGUCUAUUUUUGUGGCUUGCAUGAGGACUUUUUUUCUUUUUGCCAAAGGAAGCGAACGUAUGGUAGCAUGUCAUCGCUGUCCGAGGUUAUCACCCCAGUGGUUAUGCACUAACGGGGAGGGGAGGAUGAUGACACCCAUUUCUCCCCCAAAAUAUGAAAUAAAAUAAUAAAAAAAAGCAUGCUGCCCUUUAAGACUGAAGGCCUUUUGUGUUUUGGGCAUAAAGGGAUAUUUGGUCUUUGUUUCUCCAUUUUCACGGUAGACUGCUAAAACUCCUUUGCUCACUAUUGUCUUGUUGCACAAAGCUGCUUACACACUGUCCAUCGAAUGUAUGUGGCAAUAUUAAAAAAAAAAAAACAACAAAAAAAAAAAAAAGAAAGAAAAAAAAAUCUGUUUAGAAAAAGGUGCCAAAAUCGGAGAACAGCGGCGGAGCGUGUGGACGAAAAAUCACAGACGAUGAUGUUUAGUAAUAGAAGCUAUGCAGGUGAACGAGUUAUUUGCUGUAAAUAAUUUCACGUUUGUGUUGUUUAGAGGAGAAGACUUUUAAAUGUCCUUGAAAGGUUGCAUGGUACACUAUAACUACGACUAAUUACAAAAUACAUAGAGAAUAUAUUAGUUAUCUAUUUUGAGGGUAAGGGAGCAA